CCGCCUUGUCAUAUCCAGGGUCCAUCCCCACCAACCCUACCUCCAUCUCUACCCUCCAUCUCUGUACAGUGUAUACAUCACCACCAUGCCCGGACAUUUUGGCCAAAAGAUCCUCAACUCCUUUGGUCUCGAUCACCACCAUGGCCAGCACCCCUACCAACAACCCCCUCCACCCAGCGAGGACAACCGCCUAACCGGCAACCGCAUCAUCCACCCGGACGAACGCCUCCUCUCCAACCACCCCUCAGGCACCUACCCGCGUCUCGCCCGUCUCAGCGACGGCCGAAUCCUCGCCUCCUUCACGCGCUUCUACGGCGGCGGGGAACGCGCCCUCCUCGUCUCCAUCAGCACCGACAACGGCCACACCUUCACCGACCACGGCGAAGUGACGCGCGGCCACGGCGACGUCGACAACAUGUUCCUGCUGGAAGUCUCCCCCGGCACCGUCCUCGCCGCAUUCCGCAACCACGACAUCGGACCCUCGGGCCCCACGCACUUCCGCAUCACCGUAUGCCGAUCCUUCGACAGCGGCCAAACAUGGUCGUUUGCGUCCCAGGCCGCGGAGAAACCCGCCCCGAUGGGAAUCUGGGAACCGUUCAUGAGAGUUGGGCGUCGACCGGGCGAAAUCCAACUGACGUACUCGCAGGAGUUCGCGCAUGAUAAUCAGUGUACGAUGCUGGUGCGGUCGUAUGAUCAGGGAAGUACCUGGUCGGAACCGAUAUGUCUGCACGGGGCGGAAGAUGCGCGUCGCGACGGGAUGAAUGGGAUUGCGCGCACGUGGGAUAAUGGUCGGGAGGUGUUGGUUAUGGUGUUUGAGACGACGAGUUAUGGGACGUUUGAUGUGGAGAUGUUGCUUAGUUAUGAUGAUGGGGAGAGUUGGGGGUGGAGGCAGACGGUGUAUGUGCCGCCGAGGGGACAUAAUGCGGGGGCGCCGCAGAUUGCGAGUCUAGGGGAUGGGUCUCUGGCGGUGGUGUUUAUGACGGAUGAGGAUUGUGGGGAGGUUAGUUGGACGGGGAAUGCCUGUGUGAAGGUGGUGUUUGCGGGGAUGCCGUGUGAGGGACGGGUGAUGUGGACGAGGCCGACCACGGUGUGUGCGGAGAUGAGUCAUUGGCCGGGGGUUUUUGCGUUGGAUGAGAGGAGGUUGUUGGCUUUGUAUGAGUGUGGGGGGCCCAAGGGGAGGGUUAUUUCUUUGGAGAUGUAGAUUCCCCCCCCCCCCGGGG